UUUAAACAAAUAUCUCAAGCAUAUGAAGUGCUGUCGAAUCCUGAAAAGAGAAAAAUUUAUGAUCAAGGGGGAGAACAAGCUAUCAAAGAGGGUGGUAUUGGAGGAGGAGGCAUGUCAUCUCCCAUGGAUAUCUUUGACAUGUUCUUUGGUGGUGGUACUCGCAAGCGUGAAAACAAAAGUGCAAAUGUGGUGCAUCAACUUGGAGUGACUUUAGAGGAAUUGUAUAAUGGUGCAGUUAGGAAACUUGCAGUGCAGAAAAAUGUGAUUUGUGAUAAAUGUGAAGGUGAGAAAGUUAAUUGCUACUUUAGAAUUUAAUUCAGGAAAGCUUCA